AACUGAAGUUCAUACUUCAAGAACGUACGUGGUGUGAAAAAGAUCUAAAUGUUGCAGUCGCGAUUUAUGCUGUGCUGCAGCAAGGUGGACUAUAAUGAUGAGUGGAGAUAUUGUUUAUGACAAGAUACACUCUAGACAUAACACAAAAUGGAGUCUGUCCCUGACAUCAACGGAAGGUUCGCAGCUACAGCUCUGUGUUGCCUGUGUCACUGAAAUGAUGGACAGUGAAGACAUUGCAUCAGUGAGAAAGGCCUUUGCGUUGUCUGCUGUCAGUGAGAUUCUCAAAUGUUCUCCAGGGGCCUUAAAAGAGCUGCUCCAGCAGGACCACAGAGUGUUGCUGUGUUUUACAGCUUCUUUGCUGGGGAUUCUUCAGUCUGCAGAGAACCCAGCAACUGUGGAAAGAGCUCAGCAAGUUCUGGUUCAGCUGCUUUUGGAGCUCCGGAGUGAAGUGGCAUUUGGCUUUGUUUUGGAUGAGAUACACAAACAGCUAAGUGACCGGCUUUGUGUGAAAGGCUUCCUGCCCUUGUUCAACCUUCUGGGGACCAUGGUGGAAGCUGUACCCAACGUGGCUCAUUGUCUGGUGACUCAGUUUGUGCUGCUGCUGGAACACUUGUGUUCGGCCUUACUCUACCCAGAUGAAGCCCUGAAGGCUUCAGCUCUGUACGUGUGGCUGCAGGUGUUCAGGGCAGUUGGAGGAUCGUCCGCCAAGUCGUUGCCUGUGGCAAUUAGGGACAGAGUGUGCGUCCUGUUGAGACAAACCUUAGCCAACGCUGGCUCAGCAAAGCUCAUCAAAAACUCUGUCGGCCUGCUGUGGCUGCUGGUGCAGCACGGAGAGACUGUUUCCGUUCUGAUGAACAGCCCCUACACUCCAACCAUGUGGGAUCAGAACACGAACCUCUACAACAACAGCAGCCAAACCCUUUCCCAGAACUCGGAGAGACAGUGUACAGAGCAGUGCCAGCUGCCUCUCAUACUGAAACAGCUACUGCUGAGUGCUGAUGAGACGUUGCAGGUCGCCAGUGCUAAGUGUAUUGCUUCUGUCUUGGUUCAUUCUCCCAGUCAGUACUGCGCUCCCUUCAUUAAGGCUGACGUACCAGAGUUUUUGUUUGAUCGUCUGGCCAGUGCUAAUAGUGAGAUGAUGCUGUGGUCUGCCUACAGCUGUUUGGUGUUAUUGACUGAAGACCCGCUGUUCUUCUCCCAGUGUCACUCCAUCUAUGGUGUUGAAUCUCUGGUGCACAGUCUGAAGGAAGCUCUGCAGAUGUCCAACCUGGAGGUGCACAAACAAGGUCUGCUGCUGCUCACUCUGAUACUGGAGAGGCAGCCACCAAGUGUGCGUUUGCUGCCCAGCGCUCCAGUGUUUGUGGCUGUUUCGGAGGCUGUUGUGGCUGGAGUCUCCUCCCCCUGCUUGCUAGUGGCCACUCAGGGCGCCAGCGCUGCUUCUGCCCUCUUCAGACUGAACCAUCAAUCCCUGCCAGUUCAGUACAGAGAGAUAGAACGACUGGUAGAAGCCGUCAGCAGCAGGUUCUCCGAGCUGCACCUCCUGUCCUCGGGUCGUCAGCGAAGCUCUGGGAGUGUGAAAAGGUCAGGCUUGAGCAAAAAGGCUUUUAGGUCUGAGGGGUUCCUGCUCCAGGCCCUGGUCUGUUUUCAGGCAGCCUGCAGGUUGGCUGAGGAGUGUGCGUCAGAUCCAGUUCUGAAAGAAAAUGUCUUCACAGCUCCAGUGAAAACCAGUCAGACUGAGGACUCACUGGAGUCUCUGUGUCACUGUCUGCUCCACUGCUGCGACUCUGUCUGGAUCCCCACCGUCACGAGAAUGUGCGAGCGUGCAGCCAACCCUCACAUCCUGCAGAAGUUCUACUCCAUCCUGGCCUCCCAGUUCAGCCUUCUCCCACGUCUUAUGCCACUCUUCGCAAAUAAGCUGUCGUCCUCUGGUUUCUACAGACUGACUCUGGAACACAAAGGCCUUUUCUGUGCAGCAAGCAGGAAUGUGGAGCUGAAUGCAUCUUGCUGUGAUUUUCUACAGAAACUCAGUAUGUGUCUGCUGCCCCAGUCAGAAGCUCCUUCUGAAUCCCAUCAACAAGAUGUUGAAGAAAUAGAAAAUCUUCUUCUGCACAACCUCCCUUCCCUGUGUUGUCCCCUGUCCGACUGGCCCUCUCUGUUGUACGAGAACCCCGGACCCCAACUGAGCGAACACAGCGGGCCGAGAUCUACGCAGUACUGUCUGGUGGUGAUACUACACCUUGCCUUUCAACAGGGAGACAGGCUUCUCCCUGACCAGACCGUGUUCUCCAGUGUACUGUGGCUGUUGCAUUCCGUGCAGGAGCAGGUCAGCUGUGUCCUGCCGCGCUGCGUGCUCCGCUCUGCCCUCUAUCUGCUGGCAGUGACGCAGGACAACAGCCCUAGUCUCGACAGGACUCCUUUGAACUGCAUCAAUACGGCUCUCUCCUCCUGCCAGAGCUUCUCCUCCCUCUACGUUCACCAUCCUGCACUGCUCCAUUUCAUCUGCCGUUAUCCAGAGCUCGCUGAAAAAUUUGGGGCCGCUGUCCUGGAAUUGUGGUUAACCAAGCAGACACGAGCAGUGACAGAUGUAGCAGAGCCAGGGGGAGAGACAAAAGAAGAUCAGACUCAGCAUCAGAAGCCUGACAAAGAAACUGUGGAUCUUCUUAACCUGAUAGAGAAAUAUCCAGCGGUCGUAAUAACACUUCUGGACAUGCUCUUCGUCAGACAGCCUCCUCUGGCAGAUCGGGCCUAUGCCGUCCUUGAGUUGCUUCUGCAAGGAGAAAGAAAGUACGAGUUAGACCUGUGCGCCAAAGUCAGACCAGUUCUUCUCAAGGCAUUAAGGCAGUUCAGUCUGGAGAUGGCAGGACGUGCGCUCGGAGAGAGACGACCCAAAGAGACUGUGAACUCGCUCCCUCUGGUGCUGAAGCUGCUGUGUGUGACACAGGCCACUGACCCUCCUCUGACUUCCUCCUACAGUAAGAUGAAUGAGCUUCACUUCAAGCUGCUCUACCACGUAAGUAAUAUAGCAGGACGGAUAACAUCUACCAACACAGAGAGCCUGCUUCCUGCCCUGAACUACCUCUAUUGUGGCCUGAGUCUUUGCCCUGAACACUGUACUGAUAGAGCUGUCUCCAUGCUGCUGUCCAACUCUGGACUGAUGGACCAGUUACAGACACUCCUCUCCUCCUCCUCCUCCUCCUCCUCUUCCUCCUCUGCUCCUUACGUCUCCCCAUCACUCCAGCCUCCUUCAUCCCUGCUGUGCUGCAGUCAUCUACUCCUGUCCUCCCUCAUUACCUUGCAGCAUGCUCACACAGCUCAGGUCCACAGGAGCAUCGGCUGGAGUCUGGACACAGCAGUGCAGCGCCUCCUGCUUCAGAAGAGAAGCACAGAUAAUCUUUUGCUGGCCAGCAACCUGAGGCUACUGCAGGCUUUACUCGAUGUUGACCUUGAAUCAGGACUGGUGUCUGUGACUACUGGUCCUGGAUUGGUCGGACCAAGACCACUGGGAUUCCAAGAUGGAGCGUUGUACCCACUGGGCUUCAGAGGAGCUCAGUGUCUGACAAUCGCUCUAAGUGGACUUCUUUUUCAGAAGCACGAGCUGUUACUGAGAGCCUCGGUCAACUGUCUGAGCUCCUUGCUGGGAUUCCUGCAGAGAAAGAGUCAUAUUACAGCGAAGUAUGUAGUGUGCCAUCCAUGGACAAGAUUCCUCCUCUGCUGCCUGAUCGGCCCAGGAGAGAGCUGUCUCGUGCACCCUGCCAUUCUCAGGCUCAUCACACUCCUCCUGAAGCACAGCAGCACGGCAGUACCUUUGGAGCCCGACCUGCUCCGUGUGAUGGAGGCAGUGGAGAAGACGGGAGUGAAGGAGCUCAGCCAGGAGGCAUCACAGGCCUUCAGGCUGCUUCUCACACAGGUUCAGAGCAGCGUCCUGCAGCCUCCACUGACAGAGGAGCACAAGCUGAGGCUGAGGAAGAUGUUGGAGGAGCUCAGUCUGCAGACACCGGCCCAGAGCUCCACCUCCACCUCCACCUCCACUGUCCUCCAUGUUGGAGACGUGUCUGUCUGUUGGUCUGACUUCACACUGAUGACACCAGGCUGAUACUCCACUCUUAUCAUCACUUUACCUUUAAUCAUAGGGUUAAUAUUGUUGCCGUUACUGUCAUACUGUUACUUUCGUUGAUAUUGAUUGAUUUUUACAUUGAAACAAUUCACUGUUUUCCACAGUUCUCUCUAUUCACAAGCAGCAUUAAAGAAGAAAAAAAAACUAAUGGUUAUUUUAAAUACAUUUUUAACUUGAUGCCUUUGUUAUGGUUCAGACUGUUGAGAAUUUACCCCCCCCCCCCCCCCACUCCAUUCAUCCAAGCCUGAGUGUAUCUGCAAUUUCUCCAACAACCUGAAGGACACGAUCACAUGUACUAUGUUCCUGUUCGUGUUCAUAAAAACAGACUUCUUUCCACGUUUUACAACAGUGUGGUGUCACAGGCGUUCAAGGUGAAAGCUGCCUUUAGAGUGGUGAUUUGUUAUCGUGGCAGCCGAGUCACUAAGUCAUUUUCAUGGAUUCUUUUAAACGUUCGUUCUUGCACAUUAAAAUUUAAAAAACCACAGUAAAUUGAAAAUAUAACAUGCAUUCAGUACCAGGGGGCUUAGAGCAAAAGUGUGAAGGAGACACUUGAGGAUACAUUUGACCAAGAACACAAGAAAACCCCCUGAAGAAGUAAUAAACUUGGUAAUUGUACUCAUUAUCUCCACCGGACAACUGAGUCUACUUAUCUUUGCUGAGCUCACAAGAGGCCAUUAUUGUUAAAAUAAAUAUAUACAUUUCAUGAAUAAUAUCCGUUACUACUCCGAGGAGUGUCCAGGAUUGAGGGGGAGUUCAUCUAAAUGUCUCUGGAGGAUCCAGGGAAGCAGGAGGUGACUAACCCUUGGAUGCUGUAAGGGAAAAAUAUUCAACUAUUCUUUCACUUUAUAAUCAUUAACACCAUCAAUCAAAACGUUUGAUCAACCAAACGUAAUGGAGCUGCUGCAACGAAUCCCAGAGAGACUUAGAGGGAGCAGAUAUUUGUUUAUUCAUACCGUGCCUCCGGAUGAUCUCCAGUGCUCGGUUCAUGUCUGUUAGCUCAAGAUAAGACCAAAGCCUUUGUUGUCUCCUUCGCCGCGGGAAAAGUUUGUCUCUGACAUUCAACCGUAGCAACAUGUCAAAUAAACAUAUGGUAACGUAAUGUUCAUAAAAAAAUGUUUUUAUAAUUUACAAAGCAUAUUUCUAAAUAUUUUUAUUGGUCUUUGUGAAUAUGAAUCUCAGUCAUUUUGCCCCAUAAUAAGCAAAAGAUGUUGAUUUUAAAUUAACGAAUUUUCCAUGUCAUGUCCGCCAUUUUGCUUUCCAGCUACAUUUAGCAUACGCUAAGGUGUUAUGUAUAGCACUACAUCUCUAUCCUUUUUUUUUUUUAUGAUUCAUGGUUUUACAUUAUAACCAUGAAUCAGCAGUUUGAAAAGGUAAUGUUAUUUGCCCCCCCCCACUCCGUUAGGGGGCGCAAGAGGAUUUUCAUCUCAGAGACUGGUUAACCAAUUAGUGGACAGUAAGCAAAUCCUGCUAACAGCCCGUCACCUAUUUCUUUGGCUUUUAAGGGCAGCGCUGCAUUCUUCAAGUUGCAUUACUGCCACCUACUGGUAAAUAUUUCUUACAAAGAAAUUAUUUUUUUAAACAACGGGGUAUUGUCUUUAUACAUUGAUGUAGGAGUUAUAUUUUUUAAAUUACGUUUAUUAAAAAGAUCAACUAAACAUUUUGAAAUUUUGAAAAUAUUUUUUUCCUUGAAUUAUUUUGUUUGUUCUCCUUUGCUUUUAAUGCUAUGCAUUUCUAAAAAUCAAAAGGGCUUUUUAUUUUGUCAUUCCAGAGGGAAGCGGAACGCUCUGCCCCACACUCCGGCGGUGUCUCUCUUUAAACCGUCCGUGCGGAAACCACAACCUCUCCAUCCUCUGUGUCUGCUGCCCCGUUCGCUGUCAUUCGUCCAAAGCGAAGCAGCCGGUACGAUCGUGUCGCUGGCAGAGUGGAGCAGCGAGAGCCGCAUGUAAAUGAACACCUCCUUCUCCGUGUGGCUGUCACCUGAGGAUCCACGGAGGCGCCGAGUGACGGUCCGGUCCUGCUCGUCGAGUCCCCGACCUUUGACGGGCUGAGUGGAGGGAAAAAGGUGAAGCUGCACUACUUUGGAGCCACGGUCGCUGCUGUGCGUCGCCACCGUCUCUCCCUGCAACACGGGAAAUCAAACAGAGUGGAGUCAGUGAUUAGAUGACGGUGCCUACUUAUCUGACAACGCUGGAAACUGGAUCUCCCACACAGGAAAUCAAACUUCAGCCUCUCUGUUGUUGGCUGAAAAGAGGUGAAAAAAAAAAAAAGAAAUCUCCCCUCUACACCAGAAGCACCAGCCAAUCUGCCGUCAAGACCCCUCCCACCUCCCACCCCCGACCCUAACACAUUUUAAAUGUCAUAUUUAAUCUGAAACAUCUCCCACGCUGACUGCUACUGCACAUGAGCGUGUGUCGCUUGAUGGAAGGUCCACCCAGUCCAGAAGCCCCUCCAGGAGGGCAGCGUUACGUGUCCCGUGUUAAUAAUGUAGUUUUAUGUGUUACACUCUGAUGUGUCUCGAUGUUGAUCCGACCUCAGGCAAAAUGUCUCGCAUGGAUUUUAACCUCAUUAGAUGUUUCACUUCCCUCCGUUCGACCCAGCGUAAAGUUCAACGAGCUCUUCACAUCAAUAUUUCAGGGUCUCGCUCUCAUUUGACUUGUGAUUGGCCACAUUUGAGUCACGUCCUGUAUUUGUGGCCUUUUGCUGGAACAUUUUCCUAUGACAGAUUAUCUAAAUUGAUCAUCCCGUGUAAUUAGGGUUGCCUGCUCACAGUUAAUGGAUGCAUUAGAUGAUUGAUCCCUUCUUAAUGUCCUUGGGAUACUUCCUAAAGAUUCAGCACUUUUUUUUUUCUCCUCCCUCAUGUAAAUGUUAGCAGCGGCUGCAUAUAUAUGACUCGCCGGCUCUAAAUUGUAGCAGCGACGAUAAUCUCUCUGCUCAUAAAUAAAGUGUCAGGGCCGGUCGGAAGCACAAGGAAACGUCAGAUAACCUGAUGAGUUUCUGCCAGGGGAGAGGCACGACCUGCUUCCCUGGCUGUUAUUGAGAAAUACUGAGUCUUUUGACCAGCACUUAAGGAUAUUUAGCACAGCAUUUCUCAGAAAGCUGGGCCGCUACCCAAAAGAUGUUCCCAGAAUGCACAAAUUGGCCUUAAUCGAACACUGUCCUCACUCAGCUGUCUUCAGGUACAGUUGUUUCUGCUGAGUCUG